AUGCACGACGACGAGACGGCCACCACCAAGACGAAGGCGAACAUACUGUACCUGCCGGACGAGCUAGUGUCGGAGAUCCUGCCCCGGCUCCCCGUGGAGUCGCUGCUGCGAUUCAGGUCCGUCUGCAAGGCCUGGCGCGGCAUCAUCGACGAGAACUCCUUCCUGCGCCAGCACCUCCGCCUCCAGACUUCGUCCCUGCUCGUCGCGCCGUGGAUCAGGGAGAACGACAACGAUCGCCCUCUCGCUUCUUCCACCGGAGAGUUGACCGCCGCCGGUUUGUACCUGUGGGAUGGGAAGCAGCAGAGCGUCGGCACGCUCCUACACGCCGUGUCCGACUACCGCUUCAAGAAGGCGGCGUUGCACAGGAUGGCCCAUUGCGAUGGACUGGUGUUGUUGCCUACUGACAAUACAGUGCACGUAGUUAACCCAGCCACUCGGCGCAGCAUCACGCUUCCCCCGACCCCUAACGCCGUCGGGCUCGUCAACCGCUUCCAAGGUCCUCACGCGUUCGGUCUUGGCCACGAUCCUCGUUCCAAUGCUUACAAGGUUGCUCACUUCUAUGGUUAUCUGGACAUGGACAUGCGCACCCCAGGUAGCUACUACUAUACUGCCAAGAUGGGGGUGUUCACCAUAGGAACAGACAGUUGUUGGCGUGACACUGCGGCGGCACCGCCGCAUCAUCAUGUGAUCCCACAGCGAACGGCGACCUUCUCCAAGGGCUCCUUGUUCUGGACCGUCGAGGAGGGGGUUCUCCACGACACACCAGUCGCUCCAGGCUUUGUCCGUUACAGGUUAGAGGAUGAGUCGUUCAGCAUCGUAUCGGCGCCUCCUUGCACCCCAAGGUUGAACUACGAGGCGUCCAGUUUAACCGACCUCCACGGGGAGCUGUGUGUAUGCGUGCCUCGGUCAGGGUUCGAUGUUCUCGAGAUGUGGAUGUCGGGAGAUCUAGAUUAUGGUUCCGACCCGCCACAUUGGGAUCUGUGUCGUGUCAUCAACGGGCCCUUUCCAUUUGGAUCUUAUAUGCCAGUGAUCGCGACGGCUGAUGCCGUAGUGUUCCAAUUUGCAAAAUACUAUCUCUACAAAUCGGAUCUCCAAAGUCCAAAAUUUAAUUGGAACAAGUUGAUUGAAAUGAAGCGCUUGAGAAUUGCCUUGUUUCAAUAA